UUCUUCGCAUUUUCGCCAAACUUCGAAAAAAAUCUCGCUUUAAAGGGCUAAUCAAAACCCUAAACCCACAAUCCAAUUCUUCCUUGCUAGAUUCGAUUUCGCUUCCUCCGUCUCUCUCUCUCUUUCUCCAUCUCUCUUGCAAUUUCCUAAUCGAUUUGAAGUUAUAGCUAUGGAGGCGACGACGUUGUCAGCUGGAUUCCGUCCUCUUCUGAAGCCUGGAGGUUACAGGUUUCCGAGGUCAUGUUCUCAGAGAAAUUCAUCGUCUUUGGUUCGAUGCCAUUCAAAAGAGGCAUCUGGGGGAUUCAUCAAACCGAAACCUGAAGGGUCUAUCGCGAUCACGCACCGUAAAUUGAGUUUCAAGACGAAUGUGUUCGAGCAAGCCCGUUCUGUCUCUGGAGACUGCUCUUAUGAUGACGCGACAGCUAAAACCCGUUCUCAUGUUGCAGAAGAUAAGAUCGGUGUCCUGCUUUUGAACUUAGGUGGCCCUGAAACCCUUAAUGACGUGCAACCCUUCUUGUAUAAUCUGUUUGCCGACCCAGAUAUUAUACGUCUUCCCAGACCAUUUCAGUUUCUCCAAGGGACUAUAGCGAAAUUCAUCUCUGUGGUUCGCGCCCCAAAAUCAAAAGAAGGGUAUGCUGCAAUUGGUGGUGGCUCUCCUUUGCGUAAGAUAACCGAUGAGCAAGCAGAUGCAAUUCGGAUGGCCUUGGAAGCAAAGAACAUUUCUGCUAAUGUCUAUGUUGGAAUGCGGUAUUGGUUUCCUUUCACUGAGGAGGCUGUUCAGCAGAUUAAGAAGGACAAGAUCACAAGACUUGUUGUCCUACCAUUAUACCCUCAGUAUUCUAUCUCCACGACGGGUUCAAGCAUCCGCGUUCUCCAAGACUUAUUCAGGAAAGAUCCGUACCUGGCUGGAGUGCCAGUUGCUAUCAUACAGUCUUGGUACCAAAGGCGAGGUUAUGUCAAUUCCAUGGCCGACCUCAUUGAGAAGGAGCUUCAAAAAUUCUCUGAUCCUAAUGAGGUUAUGAUAUUCUUCAGUGCCCAUGGUGUUCCAGUCAGCUACGUAGAGAAUGCCGGAGAUCCAUACCAAAAACAGAUGGAAGAGUGUAUUGACUUGAUAAUGGAUGAGCUUAAAUCCCGAGGGGUUCUUAACGACCAUAAAUUGGCAUACCAGAGUCGUGUUGGGCCUGUUCAAUGGCUGAAGCCAUACACCGAUGAGGUUCUUGUCGACCUUGGUAAGAAAGGCGUUAAGAGUCUACUAGCCGUUCCAGUCAGUUUUGUGAGUGAGCACAUUGAGACUCUUGAAGAGAUAGACAUGGAGUAUAGAGAAUUAGCUCUGGAGUCAGGGGUAGAGAACUGGGGGCGUGUCCCUGCGCUUGGUCUCACCGCGUCCUUCAUCACCGAUUUGGCUGAUGCAGUGAUAGAAUCGCUUCCUUCAGCGGAAGCAAUGGUCUCAGAAGAUAGCGAGUCAUCGGACGUAUUCAGUUAUAUUGUGAAGAUGUUCUUUGGCUCGAUUCUAGCUUUCGUACUGCUUCUCUCCCCAAAGAUGUUCCAUGCUUUCAGGAACCAUCUUAUCUAGAAGAAACCUAUUAUUAAAUUCUCCGAUGGCAAGUUAGUUGGUUUUGUUGUUAUCUUUUCUUUUGGAGAAAUGUCUUGGUCAAGUUUAAUAUAUAUUGUCCAAUCUAUUGAAGUACUAGCACACCAGCUCAAUCUAAUGAGCUGAUGUGGGUGAGUAGUUCAAUAGAUUGGACUUUAUAUAUUAAACUUGAUUAAGAUCUAAACUAGAGAAGGAAUAAGGAAUGAGAAGGGUCUAAGUUCUUGGGGACAGGAGAGGUAUUUCAAAUUAUAGCUAAAAUUUUAGUGCUACGUUGCUCCUAGAGACGAGGAAAGGGAAUAUAAUCUACAAUUAUUUGGUUUCCAAAUGCAGUUAUCAAAUACAUUAUUUUUUUUGUU